AAGUUUAAAUUUGUCAAUAAUUUUAAAAUCUGUCAAAAUAAAUUGACGUAUUUAGUGUUUUAACGAAUUUCAUAAUGAUAUUAGAUACACAGGUUUGACAUACGUUACUAACUAGAAACAUUUAAUGAAACAUGGAUAUGAGUUAUAAAUAUGACAGUUCUUGAUGAAAAUAUAUUAUCUAAUUAAAUAUAAAUAGAGAUUGAAAAUCAUAUAUAAACUGAUAGAAGAGGAAACAUUUUAGCGUUAAGAAAGAUAAAAAAAUAUUUACUAAAAUUAAAACAAUGACUGAAGUGAGACAUUGUCUAGGUAACUGAAAAAAAAACAACAAAAAACAGAUUGUUUUGUAAAUGAUUAAUUUAUAAUAUAUAACAUAUGAAUAAAUAUUAAUCUGAAGUAAAUUCCAGACAUUGUUCGUUUGACAAUUAAUCGCGGAUUAUAGUUAUAUAUUGUUUCUUUAACUAAGACAAAGUGUUAUAGUUAAACGGGACAAAUGUAUGCGCGUGUGAUUUUAGUUCUAACUGGAAUAGUAUGUGUGUCGUCUGCUAGACAAAUUAACACAGGACAAUGGGCUGUUGAUAAGGAGCCAACCAACAAAAUUAACUUGGAAGGGAUGAUAUUCUUCCACGAGAAACCCGUGACAGACUCGAAUGGAGAGAACAGUAAAAGACGAGAUGUACCGAAUGUGAAACCCAAUUCAUUAAAUGCGUUUGCGCAUUUCAUGCCAGACCAAAGUAAGCUGUCACUUGCCGCCGGAUUGUCACGUGCAGCCGACAACGUAAAGAUGGUUAAGCAAGGAAGUAUCAACAAUCUUUACAAUUAUGUACCGAAGGACAAGUUAGAUACUCCUUUUACAAGUGAGGUAGUUGGCAAAAACGAUCAACCCCAAACUAAACCUCAGUGGAUGACAAAUAGUUUCACCGGGAAUGACGUCAUGGAUAAUGAUAAAAGUCAGCUGAUUGAAUUAUCACAACUUGGAAUUGUUAAAGAAAAUGUAGUAGAUGGUAUCAUUGCCGCAAACGACGUUAAAGAAUUCGGUUAUCUAAAUACCGGUACUGGUGCAGAUUUUUCUAAUAGCAAUAUAUUUGAUAACUCACUUACAGAAAACAACUUUCCAUCAGAUACUUUCAGAAUUGGAAACGCAUUUGGUGCUGAAGGAACUGUUGAUGACAGAUUUACAUCAGAUUUUAACAAAAAUGGCUACAUAUUUGAUGAUGAAUUAUCUCCACCUGAUGUCACUUCCGCUGCAAAUUUACUUCAGUCAGAAAACCGCAUGCUAGAGCUUGAACUUCAGACCGGAAACGUUGAGCCGAUAAUGAGUGGUUUUCCUUCUAAGAUUCCUUUAACGUCAUCAAAUACUGCUGACUCAUUGCUUAACAAAAACACUUCUAAUCAGAUCGAUUCUGGUAAUCCGUCUGCUUCAAAAAGUUCUAGUCAAGAUAUUGUCAAACCAUUCCCAUUUGGACAAAUAAAAGGAAACGCUCCGCCAAAACGAAAGCGGGUACCGACAUUAGAAAUAAAAAGCAACUUUAUUGAUAAUUCAAGAAAACCAAUUCUCAGAGUCCAGUCCGAGUUUGUUGAUAUGAGCGGAAGACAAAAUCCGAAAAUGGAGACAAUUGGUAGUUUUGUUGACACAUCAAACUCCAAACUGGCCCAAACAACUGCAGGUACUACAUCAAAGCCAAUUACUACAAUAUAUACAACUACAAAAGCUAAGUUCACUACUACAAAAGCACCUUUCGCUACGAUGUCAAGUCCGACAACAGGCACAAAUUCUAUUUUAACCACCCCUAUAUUACAAGGAAGGUCUAGCGAGAAUACAAACCAAUUUAAAACAAGUGAUUUAUCCAACAUAGAAAAACAACUCAUUGGACUGAAUUCCAAGGGAGAUAAAUUGAAUGUGGUAAACCCUGAAUCAGAACCAGGUCAAAACAAUUUAAAGGUUGAUAUGCUAUACCCACCGGCUCCUUUCCCGGUAAUUGACCAAUCAAAUUCUAUACCAAACGUCACUCAAACAAUGCAAGGUGACACAAAUGUAGAUGAUGUCGUCAUGAAUAAUGAGCAAGGUCAAGGGAGUUUAAACACUGACAAGCAAACCAAUCCAAUGUUUGAUGAAUUAGAUUAUGAUAUGUAUGCAGAUGAUAAUGCUCAAAAUCAGCAAGUAUCAGAACUAAGUAAUUCAAGGAAACCAAUUGAUUUACACUAUAACGAUGAUCAUGACCGUUUUAUUACUGAUCCGAAUGUUCAAGUAAUUAACCCAAGUAAUAAAAUUGUUCCAAAUGAUCAAACAAGCAACCAAAAUAUAAUUGGAAGUGGAAGUAUGUCAGAGGAAAUUGGUAGUGAACAAAAUAAUUUUGUAAAUCCAGCGAACGUUGGACCAAUUAAUAAAAAUAGUCAACAAGUAAACAAUCAAGGAAAUGAUCAAAACAGACAAUUGAAUGGACAAUUGGAUAAAAACAAUCUUGUUCAAAACAAUCAGAUAAACAGCAACAGACAGUCAAAUCCAAGUAUUCAAAGUUCGGCGGUUACAUCGGGUACUCGUACAAAUAACAACUUCGGAUCUAGUUCUUUUAGCAAUAAUGGUAAUGUGAUGAAUCAAAAUAGAUUUAACCAAAAUGAACAAAGUGGGUUCCAGCAAAAUAUGAACAAUUUUCCUUCAAACCGAUUUAACUCCGUCCAGAAUAGUGUUUCUAAUCAGAAUAACCAACAAGCCAUGUUUCCUGGUUUGAAUUCGGGACAAAAUAACUUUAUCGGAAGCAACAUUCCUCAACCAAACCAGCAAAACAACAUAGCGCAAAACAGACCACUGUCAACGGAUACAGAAAAUAUGAAUGAUAUUCAAAAUGGUGCAAACACAGGUUUAAUACCUAAAAAUCAGAUAAACACAUUUCAAAAUAUGGCAUCCUUAAAUGAUGGAUUAAUUACGCAAAACCUGAAUCCGAAUAAUGUAUUAAAUCCGAAUGAUGAAGUGAACCCGAACAAUGUAAUGAAUCCGAAUAAUGUAAUUAAUCUGAAUAAUGUAGUAAAUCCGAAUAAUGUAAUAAAUCCUAAUAAUGUAGUUAAUCCUAAUAAUGUAAUGAAUCCGAAUAAUGUAAUAAAUCCAAAUAAUGGUAUAAAUCCGCAAAAUAAUUUGAUAAACCAGAACACCAUAAGUCCGAAUGGGCAAAUAAACUCACAAAAUGAAUUCAUCCAGCGAAAUUUGAAUCCAAACAACAAUGGAAUUUCACAAAAUAGCUUAUUGAAUCCAAACACAAAUCCAAAUAAUGCAUUUAAUUCUGUAAACAAUAUUGUAAAUCCAAACUUAAUUCCAAACAACGCUAGAAAUACACCAAACAACUUAAACCAAAAUAGUGCACAAAAUAACGCGGUAAAUCCUAACUUGAAUACAAAUACCGUACGAAAUGCACAAAAUAACGCGGUAAAUCAGAUUCCUUUUUCAAGAGUUCCAGGUCAGUCUCUGCCUGCGAAUAUUGGAACACAACCCAUAAAUACUAAUAUGUUUCCGUCACAGGGUCAACGUUUCCUUGGUCAAGGAACAGCACAAAGUGGUAAUGUAGACAACUUUAAUUUUGGAAAUCAAGGGAGUAACCAAAAUGGUCAGAAUGGCUUGAACUCUCAGAUAAGAACAAACUUUAAUAGUAUUAAUGGAAAUUUUGGUCAAAGCAAUUUUAACCAGAACAACAAUAUACAAAAUCGUCCUUUUAUGUCGAGUAAUGAUAAUACACAAGUACAAACAGCGAACAAUUUUCAAAACAAUCAAAAUCUAAGAACAACAAAUGGUUUGGCCUCUAAUGUAAGACCAGGUCAAAAUUUAGCGCAAACUCUUCAAAAUCAAAAUAAUUUCAUGAAUCCGAACACUUUUCUAGGACGUCAAAACAACAUUCCAAAUUUCGGAAACGGCUUUCGACAAAACAGUGGGAACUUAUUACAAACUCGUCAAAACAUUGGAACUUUCCCAGGUAGCGUAACGAACGUUCAACGUGCGUUUCCAGGCAACAUGCCACAGUUUCAAAAUAAUUUACCCAAUAACAUGCUGACUGGAAAUAUCCAAAAUGGCGUCAAUAAUUUUGGACAAUUUCCAUCAUCAAAUGCUUUUGGUAACCCUGGCAUGAAUUCUUUCCCUAGUAAUAGGCAAUUUAACUCAAAUCUGUUCAGGUCAAAUGCGAUAAAUCGACAAUUUGGCGCCUUUAGAUAACUCUGAAUUCAGACAUAAUUUAUUUCGUUACUUCUAUAUCAAAUGUCAAAUGAAUCAAUAUUAUUUUUUCGCUAAUUGAAUAUAGCGUCAUUAAAACAGACAACAUUAACAAGAAAUAUACCUUUUUGAUAGACGCGUGAACCGCUUCUUUUUUUUAAAGAGGCAUGUGUAUAGCUACGGCUGUGAGUUUCUAUUUUGUAAAAAUAUUGUAAAUUUUGUACAUACUAUUUUAUAAUUUGAAUAAAUUACAU